AUGUCUUCGUCUUUGCUUCUCAGCCUCUCUUCCAAGCUCUCAUCUAUCCGCAAACUUACUUUGAGAUGCCAAACCCUUAGGUUCUCCUCCUCCUCCACCACCACCAACCCUUACUUAGUGUAUGCUCAAACAAUUUAUGGAAACCCUGAUGAGGAUCUUCACGUAAGAAGCGGCAUCCACUACUUCGACCCUGUCAAGGAAGAUGAAGUGAUCGUACGAGACAAGGCACUUCCCAUGGAGUUUCGUAAAGAGUGUUUUCUGGUCGGAAUGUCUCAUGGUUGGGUUGUUUUCAAGUCCCGGUAUGAUGAUGGUAAUAAUAAAAAGAAAGUCUUAUAUAUCAGCGACUACUACAGUCCUUGCGGCUCCAAAUCAAACCCUAAAACCAUUCCUUUGCAUCCCAUGGAUAAACCUAAUCUUCCCCAACAGCUAGGCGUCACUAACGCCGCAAUGACUUGUUCACCUGAUCAGAGCAAUGAUUUCGCAGUGGCUAUCAACUGUUUAGGACCUGUGAUCAACUUUUUUAGACCUGGUGGCAAACACAAAGACUCUGGUUCGGUUCACUCCAAGACUUUUCUCCAACAUUUCAAUCAGUCAAAGGUUAUGUAUUCAAAGCGUGAUGGAAAAUUCUACACCACUAGUGUUUCCGGCCAGUUCAUGCUUUUCUACGACGCUUUAUUCGAGGAGGACAUGACCGGCUCCGAGUUGCAGGAGUUGCGGAAACCACGUUCCUUCCGUCCCAAGUCUCCUGCAGCCUUCUCCACAGCAUCACUUGCCUCUCACUGGAUCCCUCCAAUGCCUCUCUAG